UCACUAUCUAUCGCCACCCUGCCCAUACCCGUUCUGAGUGGAUAAGCAAAUACAAAGCAGAGCGAAAUUAUAUCCUCGAAGAGAUGGCAAGUGCAAUCCACUGCUUAUCAUCUUCAUGUUUGAACAUUGAGUCCAGAUUCAAAACGCUUUCCCUCAACGGCAACUCUUCUGAUCAUCACUCAAAAUUGGCCCCUUUCACUUCUCUUAGCUUCUCCACCAACCUCUCUCACAAUGCCUUCUCCAAAGGGUCUUUGACAAUGAGCACUAUCCAGAGGCCAAUUCGUCAUUCAGUUGUUUGCGAGGCAGCUCCAAAGAAGAAAGCUGAUUCAGCUGCAAAAAGAGCUCGCCAAGCCGAGAAAAGGCGUAUUUACAACAAAUCUAGGAAAUCCGAAAUCAAAACCCGCAUGAAGAAGGUUCUGGAAGCACUGGAUGGGCUCAUGAAGAAACCUGAUCCACAACCUGAGGAAGUCCGUCCAAUUGAGAAGCUGAUUGCAGAGGCAUAUUCAGUAAUUGACAAAGCAGUGAAAGUGAGAACACUUCACAGAAAUACCGGAGCUCGAAGAAAGUCUCGCCUUGCUAGAAGAAAAAAGGCUGUGGAAAUCCACCAUGGCUGGUAUACCCCAGAUGCAGCUCCAGCAGCAACUGCCUAGUCAACAGGGGAGAAAUUGGGGGAAAUUUAUUCUGUUUUCUUGUGUAGAGGUUGUGAACUGCUCGACUUUUUCGUUAUCAUAUAAUGUAUUGCGUCUUUUUCCAGGACACCUUUUUAAAAGCAUGUGGAAUUAUAUCUGUCA